AUGUUCAACUCGGUGAAAAUACUACAGAUCACUCGAGUCAAUCCAUCCUCUAACUCAGCAAAAUCAGCCAAAGAAUUCUCACUCCCACUCACAUUCUUUGACAUAUACUGGCUCAAGUUUCCUCCUGUUGACUGUGUCUACUUUUAUCAACUCAGUAAGUCAACCUCUAGCCCUUCCUAUUUCUACUCAAAAAUACUUCCUAGACUCAAACAUUCCCUUUCUCUUGCACUUGUUCACUAUAUCCCUCUAGCAGGCAACCUCAUUUGGCCAUCAGAUUCUCCCAAACCCAUCAUUUUAUAUACCCCAAAUGAUGGAAUUUCACUUACAAUUACCGAGUCCAAUGUCGAUAACUUUGAAAUUGUGUCUAGCAAUCGGAUGCAUAAAGCAAAGGAGUUGCAUCCUUUGUCGUCUCAUGAUCUGUUGAUGUCUGAUGACAAAGCAGCACUAAUUUCUUUGCAAAUCACACUCCGUGAAGAUAUCAAAAAACUCAAGGAAAUGGCUUUAUCUAAAUUGGGUACUAAUCGGAAACUGCUUCAUCUCUCGAGUUUUGUCCUUACACUUGCAUAUACAGCAACCUGCUUAGUUAAAACAAAAGGAGGAGAAGGUGACAGACUUGUUUCAAUUGAUUUUGGAGUUGAUUGUCGGAAUCGUCUAGAUCCUCCUAUACCAAUAACUUAUUUUGGUGAUUGCGUGAUGUGUGUAAGAAGUUCUGCAAAAAAAGCAAGAAAUUUCACGGAUGAUAAUGGCUUUGCUUUUGCUAUACAACUGGUAAGUAAAUUGGUUGAAGGAUUGAAGAAGGGGGUUCUUGAUGAGGCAGAGAAAAAGGUAUCAAAUUUGUUCACAUCCAAGUUACAAGGAUUGCAGGUUAUUCUUGUUGCCGGAGCACCCCAAUUAAACGUUUAUGGGUUAGAUUUUGGGUUGGGCAUGUUGAAGAGAGUGGAGAUUGUAUCCACAGAUAGAGAUGGAGCCAUUUUUAUGACUGAAAGUAGGGAUGGGAGAGGGGGAAUUGAGGUUGGUUUUGCAUUGAAGAAGCAUGAAAUGGAGAAUUUCACCGCCUUGUUUUGCGGUGGAUCAAGAAACAUUACUUUAAGGUCUAAAUUCUAG